UACAAAACAAACGCUCGUGCUCUUGGAACAUUUGUCCUACUUUUGAAAGCGCUAGUGACCCACAUCUGUGGUGAGAUGGAAUAACUUCUAUACUAAAAGGCUGCAGGUGCGGUCCAGAGCGUCAUGAGUUGCUCCGGUUUGCUGUGGCUGCACCGCGGGGACCUCUUCCACCGUGCGCUCCUGCCCCUGUACCGCUCCACUAACGUCCGUGCCCUCAGUCAUGGCCGUCGCAUGAGCCCCGGCCUCAAGGACAGCUACCGCGUGUUGCAGCUGCCGGCAGAUGGGGACAGCAGCCAAGCUGAGGUGAGGGACGCUUACCACCUUCUGGCCAAGCUCUACCACCCGGACUCUGGUGCUCCAACUGCCGAUGCGGCUCUUUUCGCCCGCAUCGAGGAGGCGUACCGAGCUGUGUUGGCGCACCUUGCGCGCCAGAAAUACGCGUCGCAGUACAGUACCCAAGCAGGGGGAGAGGAGGACGAUCCAAGUAAAGGCAAUGCUUUUCAGCACCGGCAAUACAUUAACUACGAGGGCGUUGGCUCCGGAACGCCCAGCCAGCGGGAGCGACAGUAUCGGCAGUUCCGCGUGGACCGGGCCACAGACCAGGUGCUGGAGUACCGCCGCAAGGAGAUGGAGCGCUCUGCCGCAGACGAGGGGGCCAUGAUCGAGCGUGACAUUCGCAUACGCAGCCGGCAGACCAAGAUCACGCAGGCGGUGGAGCGGCUGGUGGAGGACCUCAUCCAGGAGUCCAUGGCGCGCGGAGACUUCCAGAACCUGAGCGGGAGCGGCAAGCCCCUCAGCAAGUUCCAGCACAACCCGUACGCCGACCCCGCGACCCACAACCUCAACCGCAUCCUCAUCGACAACGGCUACCAGCCCGAGUGGAUCGUGCUCCAGAAGGAGAUCCGUGAGAACCUGGCCAAGCUUCGGGCCGGGCUUCUGAAGGCCCGGGCCCAACUGGGGGACCCUAUGAUGCCCCAAGAGCAGCUCAAAUGGCAGGAGCGGUGUGGGAACUUUGCCGUGGACCUGGCCAAUCUGAACAAGAGGGUGGACACGUUCAACCUGAUCGUGCCGUUGCUCAACCAGCAGCAGGUUCACUUCAGCUUGAAGAGAGAGGUGGAGCGGGCGACGAGGGAGGACAAGGAACAAAGGGAGGAUAGGAAGAGGAGAGAGAAAGAACAGAGGCAGAAGGAGAGAGAGAGGGAGAGUGACAUGGCCCAGAACAGCAGACAAGGACUGUUUGCAUGGAUGCAGAAUCUCCUGAAAUAGCCGUGGACACAGACCACUAUCUCAGGGGGGUUACAUCACACAGCAGGAUAUCUGAGGGAGCUGGAUAACUGAACUGAGCAAAACCUGGUCCCCUCCGGACCUUGAUCACAGACUUAUAAAAAAAAAGUGGCCUUUCGGGUUAUGAAAGGCAGAUAUGUGAAAACCUCAGCUCUCCUGCUUUAAUAGACACCGGUUAAUUUAGGAUUGAGAAUGAAGCGGUUAAAAGAAUCAGCAACACAACUUGGAUAUCUAUUUUAAUCUUUUAGGUAACUGAUAUCAUAAAGGGAUUGGGAAUAGUGUGUGUGAUUCAACUUGAGUGCUUUGGGAUUUGUUUUAAAGAAUGGAGGCCCAGAUGUGAAUGACUAACAUGUUUGUCAUUUCCUGAGGCCUGAGGUCCAACAGGUCCCAUAUAUGAUCUAACAUAGACAUUCUGAUUAACUCUCGCAGUGCAUGCAGAAAAGCCUGGAUAACUGUCUAAUGCUGCUAGUAUUACAAAGACUAUUAUGCAAAUGAAAUGGAUUCAACUGUUGAGGAAAUGUAUUGCAUGAAACAGAUUCAUGCUCAGAUACAUUACUCGCAAGUACUGUAUUUGGUGUCUAAUGGUGGAGUCAAUAUAUAUUUUAUAAAUAAUCAUGAAAAAGA